AUAAGAGAUGAUGAUCUAAGAGUUUGUUCAAUGGCUAGUCUACCAUACUUGUUCUGUUUCAUCAUUGUGCUUGUAGGAGUCGACAGUCGAGCUUUAGAGCAGAAAUUUUCUAAGCCCUUGAUAUCAGAUGGACAUGAUCAUGCAACUCAGUCAUCGACUUCAGUUCUUACACUCCAUAACAUUUCAUUGCCGCCUUCCUCAUCAGUACAAUCAUCGGAUGCUUGUCAGCACGUGUACGGAUUCUUCCCAUGUGCAGACAACAUUGGAGGCUACAUCUUUCAAAUGAUAGUCUACCAAUACAUGCUAAUGUUAGGAGAAAAACUUCUAACCCAAGGAAGUAACAACAUAUUUAACAUUCUUGGCACUGGUAUAUUUGGAGCAAGUCUUUUUCGGGUUCUUAUGGUUUUGCCUGGACUUGUUAUGUUCAUUGUAUCUGGGGUUUUUGCUGAUUCUGGGAACGCGCAGCAACAGGUCUCUCUUGGAGUUGCAGUUUACACGGGAACUACAGUCUUGUAUGUUACUUUGUUGUGGGGAAUGUGUGUAAUUUUUGGAAGAACAGAAUCUCAGGAAAAAUGUUGUUCAAGUGAACUUCAAGGCGCGGGAGCUUCAACCUCAAAGCCCUUUCCAAAAAGAGGAAGACUCUCCUUUUUGACAGAUUCAGCUGUUACAAUGGACAAGAAAACUAGGUACACAGCUGGGAUUAUGCUUCUGUCGUUAGUGCCAUUUGUCAUACUGCAGUUGGCCAAUAUCUUCAAUACUUUCUUUGGGAGCCGAGUUGUUAUUCUGAUUGCCUUCAUUGUCUCUGCGGUAUCACUGCUCUCUUACUUCGUCUACCAGGUUUUGGAUCCAUGGAUUCAGGAGAGAAGUUUAGAGUACUUCAAGUACCAAAAUCUUCUAACAGAGUUUCUGAACCAUGCAGAAAAGUGUGGAAAAGCAAAGCUCAUCAAUGAGAACGGAGAACCAAAUAUUACACUCAUAAAACGAUUAUUUGCUGAAACUGAUAAAGACAGAAGCCAGCACUUAACAACUGAUGAAUUGGAAGCUCUAAUAAGACAGAUGGAAUCCGGCAAUCUGGAGGUUGACAAUGCAUAUGCAGUAAAUGUAAUAUUAGAGGUUUUUGAUCGUAAUAGAGAUGGGAAAAUUAGUGAGCAUGAGUUUGUUGAAGGAUGCAUGAAAUGGAUAGAUGAGUCAAAAGAGUUGGCCCAGAAGGAUGAUUCCAAAUGGGGAAAAUCAUUAAACAAGAGAAAAAAGACCUUACAGGUUGUUCAGCCAUUGAUAAACAAGAAAAAGGAAGAGCUAGCACAAAUUGAGCAUCUCAUGGCAAGGAUUUUGAAGAAAAUCCAAAGUGAAGCUAUUGAUGCAGGAUGCCUUCUCAAUGAUGAUGGGAAGCCUGAUCUCGAGCGAAUAAACAGUCUCUUUGACAAGUAUGACUCGGACAAAAACAAAGUUAUAUCACAGCCGGAGUUAAAGAAUCUCAUUCAGACCGUAAAAUUUGGAAAUAAAUGGAUCACAAAUCAUGACAUGGUGGUAGAUACGGUAAUGGAAGAUUUUGAUGAUGAUGGUGACCAGCUGAUUACUUCUGAAGAAUUUGUCAGAGGCGUCACCAGAUGGCUUAACAAAGCUACUCAUGAAACUAAGUGCACUGAUGCAAAGCGUUCUGUGGAGGAAUACGACAAAAUGUUAUGGAGGGAUGUAGAUUCAAUGAUUCAUGAGAAACAAGUUGGCCAAGAGACUUAUAAGUUAAUGCUAACAUGGGGUUUUAACAAAGCCCUUGUUCAGCUGAUAUUAGGCUUCAUUAUGCUGACAUAUCUUGCAAGUCCACUGAGUUUAGCUACUCGACAGUUCUCAAAUGCAGUAGGCAUACCUUCGUUCUUCAUCUCCUUCGUGAUCAUCCCUCUAGCCAUGCAAGCCAGAAAGGCGAUUGCAGCAAUAUUUCCUGCAGCUCAGAAGAACAAAAGAACAGCUUCUUUAACGUUUUCAGAGCUUUAUGGUAAUGUGGUGAUGAACAACAUAAUGGGGAUGACAACAUUGUUAGCAAUCGUAUACGUAAAAGACCUGAGAUGGGAUUAUUCAUCUGAAGUACUAAUAAUGCUGGUGGUUUGUGCUGUUAUUGGAUUACUGGCAUUUCUGAGCUCAACUUAUCCUCUCUGGACUUGCUUAUUAGCAUUUUCUCUCUAUCCAUUCUCUCUGGUCUUGUUUUAUGUUCUUCAGUCGUUUUGGGGUUGGAAAUAACGACAACAAGAGGUCGAGGAUUCAAGUCUCAAUAAAACGUCGUGCUGUUGUUUUCGAAUGCAUGCCAUUCCUUAAAAUACAAGCAACCUUCCCGUACAUUCUCACAUUAUUAGUAUUUGUCUAUGCAUCUAAUGAUUUGUUAUGUAAGAGAAUGAUAAUCACAGUAUUAAAGUUAAACAGCCUACCAUUAUGAAAUAA